AUGGCUAGUCCACCAAAACAAAUGAGGUUAGAUAAAAUUGAGGGUUUAUUAAUGAAAAAGGAAGCGGACAGAAUACUGCUUAAUGAACAAAGAAUUGUGAGUGAACAAUUAGCUGCAGACAUACUUGUACAAAACGAAAUGGAAAGAAAAGAAAAGGUGACGUAUGUGGUGCAACAAAAGGAUGGUUACACUCAAAGAGCAGCCAUUACCGAACCGCAAUAUCAAUAUCAUCGCACCGAACCGCAAUAUCAAUAUCAUCGCGCCUAUGCAACAUUACCAGGGAUACAAAGAAUAGAAACAAGACCCGUUCCCGUACAAGAUGAACAAGAUGAACUAUGUACAAUAUUAUAA